GUGGAUGUUACGUACGUCUUUGUGACGUUGAAGGAACAGAAGGAGAGCUGACUCAUUUUAUUCUGGCAAUUACAUCCCUCAUAUGGACUGUGUGACAGGGAGAGUGGAAGAAUGGGGAGGGUGAGUUGUUGUUUAUAUAAGAACUGAGGAAGCGGAAAGGCUGUUGAAUUUUCUCCUUUUUUAGAUUUUAGGCGGGUUUUAAUGCUAAAUGGACCGUGUUCUGGAGUGUCAUGCACACAGAUAGGCAUUUCUGUGUCGUGUGUUAUCUGGGCUCACAGCCUCAUGGUGCAACCUGACCCAGUUAACAUGUGCCUGUGGAAGACCUGCUUGUAGAACUAGGCUGAAAUCCUGGGCUGGCGUCCAAACUCACAGGAAUUAUCACCGGGCUUGGUUUUCCAGUGUGACAUAGUCACUCUGAGAGUCAUGUUUCAGAUGAUGGAGUAGACCUCCCUGUGUCCUGCUGUUCUGCCGCCACUGCUGAUGAUAUCAAAUCUUCCAUCCUGGUGUGUUUGCUGAGUUGCUGAGAUAAGGAACCGCAGCGCUCGCCUCAAGUGUGAAAUUCAGUAGUGUCUCUUGUCCUUUAUUCCUAAUACUGCUUUCAGAGCUGGGUUUUUCAUUUGAUUUUUGAAAUUUUUGCAUUGAAAAGAGGACAUUUUUGGAUGCACAGAGAGCAGUAAUCGAAGAUUUUGCCAUGAACAAAAACAAGAGAGAAAGAGAGUUCUACAGCAUAGAGGUUGGGGAUUCGACGUUCACAGUACUGAAGAGAUACCAGAAUCUAAGACCCAUCGGCUCAGGAGCACAGGGAAUCGUCUGCUCUGCUCAUGACCAAAUCCUUGAACGAAAUGUUGCCAUCAAGAAGCUGAGUCGACCGUUUCAAAAUCAAACCCAUGCCAAGCGGGCGUACAGAGAGCUGGUCCUAAUGAAAUGUGUCAAUCACAAAAACAUCAUUGGCCUAUUGAAUGUAUUUACACCACAAAAAUCAUUAGAAGAAUUCCAAGAUGUAUACCUGGUGAUGGAGCUGAUGGAUGCCAACCUAUGCCAGGUCAUUCAGAUGGAGCUGGACCAUGAGAGGCUGUCCUAUCUGCUCUAUCAGAUGCUGUGUGGUAUCAAGCACCUCCAUGCUGCUGGCAUCAUUCACAGGGACCUCAAGCCCAGCAACAUAGUUGUCAAGUCAGAUUGUACGCUGAAGAUUUUGGACUUCGGUUUGGCUCGGACGGCUGCCACGGGCCUUCUGAUGACACCGUAUGUGGUUACACGCUACUACAGGGCACCAGAGGUUAUCCUGGGCAUGGGCUACCAAGCCAAUGUGGAUGUAUGGUCAGUGGGCUGUAUAGUGGCCGAGAUGAUCAGGGGAAGUGUGUUGUUCCCUGGCACUGAUCACAUCGACCAGUGGAACAAGGUAAUUGAGCAGCUAGGCACUCCAUCUCAGGACUUUCUAAUGAAGCUAAACCAGUCAGUAAGAACGUACGUAGAAAACAGGCCACGCUAUGCUGGAUACAGCUUCGAGAAACUCUUUCCUGACGUGCUCUUCCCUGCCGACUCUGACCACAACAAACUGAAAGCGAGCCAAGCUAGAGAUCUCUUAUCCAAGAUGUUAGUGAUUGAUGCCUCCAAGCGCAUCUCUGUAGAUGAGGCCCUGCAGCACCCCUACAUUAAUGUUUGGUACGACCCAGCUGAAGUGGAAGCCCCCCCACCGAAGAUCCUAGACAAACAGCUGGAUGAGAGGGAUCAUACUGUGGAGGAGUGGAAAGAGCUGAUUUAUAAGGAAGUGAGUGAAUGGGAGGAGUGGACAAAAAAUGGAGUGAUAAGAGGCCAGCCACCUCCUUUAGGUGCAGCAGUGAUCGACAGCCCUCCUCAGCCCACGUCCUCCUCCUCUUCAGCCAACGACGUCUCAUCCAUGUCCACAGAGCCGACUGACCUGAGCAGCGACCCCACCAUGACAUCUGAAACAGACAGCAGCUUGGACAGCCACACCUCUCUGGGUGCACUGGCCUGCUGCAGAUAACGUACACAUAAAAUACACACACACACACACACACACGCCUACAGACAAAAACAAACCUGUCCUCAUCAGUGUGUUUGAUGAGAGGGUUAGGCCAAUGGAACUUCACAUGUUAGUUUGUAGAGCUGCGCUUUUAAUGUACAGUUUGUUUUGAUCUCCCCAACACUGCUGUAAAUGAUUGUCAUUUGAAAUUGUAUCAUUAUUACUGUAUUUUUGCUGCAAAGAAUAAGAGUAAGUUUUGAUGUGAAUCUGUGAUGUAUGUUGUGAAAGAGAGGGAUUUGUGUGUACUUUACACAUUGCCGUUUUUUUAGCUGCUGCUAAACAGUCAAAUAGUAUGCUGUUAGCACUGCAGUGUUAUGUUGAGUAUAUUUUGGAAUCGUUCAUUUGGAAUUUUGUAUUAUUUUAGGGACGUUUGAAUGAAUCUACACCAGUUCUCUCUUUAACAGUAGACUAUAGCACAUUUCAUCUUGGAUCCAAUUGCAGACAGAUGAUUUUAUUUUGAUAUUGUUCAUCAUCUUUCUUGUAGAAAGCAUCCUUUGUUUUCUCCAAAUCAGCUUAUUUCUUAGUAUCAUGUCACCUCUGAGUGUGUGCAUCUUGUCAGGCAGUCAAAUGGUCUAUUACCCUGACAGUUUAUUUCUUUUUUACUAUAGCAUACUGUUAAUUGACUGUAUUUUAUUCACUUAGAUGUAAAUUAUAGGUGAUGGUCUGUUGGAUGAGGAAGAAAAGGGUGAAUGUAAGUGGAUAGAAAGGUUGGCCUAGUGAGGAGCCAAUGAUUACUGUUAGCGCUGUAACAAGUUAAUAUAGGCCACUCCACUGGCUAGAGUGAGUUCUGAAUUUGGGUGCUGUCACCAGACAGAGUCAGAGUCAGUCACUUUACCCUUUUGGCAGGUUCUUUCAGACAUUAAUCACAGUUGUCUGAUAUUUAACAUAUUUAAUUUAAGUGCCCUUACUAAGUUCAAUGAUUUUCAGUCCUGUCUGUGGCAGAUGCCCCUCUCUUGCGUGGUGUAUCUUUCUGAGUUCUACCUCACACAUGCACACACACUGAAACAUACUUUUUUGAGAACACAGUUUCAUGGCACGAAACAUUUGAAAGAAAUGCGGAAAAAAAGAUCCAUUUUUUUCUGAAUUUGUGUUAUUUAUUUAUUUAUAUAUUUAUUUAUUUCAAGCUAGGAGGCUUCUGUUGUAUGAAAUGUACAUUUCAUUCAGGAGUACCAUUUAAAUGCAUUUUGUUUCGUUUUUUUCUGUGCAAUAUAAUUCAUAGAUUAGUAUAGCCAGUGAGUGAUCUGUACAUUUUAUUGUAGAUGUAUGUAUGUUUUCUGAGAGUCAGGAAACAGGCAUUUGCUACCUGCCACGAUAACCUUUGGAUGUAUUUGAUGGGUCAAAUUCCCAACCUGUCCUUUUGCCCUUUUCAUGGAUGGGCACUCCAGGCAGUAACCCCUAGCAUCAGCUCUUAGAAUGCACCUCGAGGAUUGUGACACGUCCUGACCCUUUGUAGGACACAUCUUCACUGACUGUUGUGGCUUCCUCUUUUUGUGGUUUUCCUCUCCUUCAUCUCCUCCAAAAAUAGAAAACAUAGAAUAGCAGACGCAUGAGUUUUCUCUGAGCUAAUCUGGUUUUAGUGCAGGUACAUUUAGAGGAAAGAAAGGAAAGCCAUUUAACAUUACUGAGAUGAUGCUGCAAUCCUCUGAUGGUUUAACCAAACACUGACAGCACAAAACCCGCUGUGGUGUUUUGGUAAGGCCAGUUGUGUGAAUUUUGGAUCUGAAAUUGCCUCACUAUCAGACUAAUUAUACACAUCAGAAAUGGAAACUGUCUACCUUCAACUCCAACAAAUAAAAGAGUUGAAUUUUAA